UUUCUUUGUGGGUGUGACAUUGACCAUACAGGUUUUGAUUUUUACAGCGAUUUGUCUGACAUCGUUAUUAAAAUGCGGUUGAUUCCAAGUAUUUUGAAAACAAUUUUCAAGUUAAACAUGAAUAAUUUUUAUAAAAAUAGGUAACUGGGUUCACAGUCAGUGAACGUCCUUAACCCAACUUCCGACAGAAACAAAAACAUUGAUUUCAAAACAAAUGCACACCUACCAUGAUCUUUGGCAACUAUUUGCGUGUUGUCUAAUUUAUUAGUGCGUAUUUAAUUAUCGAUUUUGGGUUUUAUGAUUCUAGUUUUAUAGGGUGUAUAAAUAAAUAAGUAGUUUGAAUAAAUGUACAUGGUUCUUGUGGUUGCAAAUAUUUGAAAAUGCCUUUCAUAUACAGUUUGACUAGUUUAUUGUGGUCCGUUUCUUAAUGCGAGAAAGUUAAAAAUCAUUAUUGAACUGUAAAAAAGUGGUCUGAGACGUAUUCCUUAGGUAAAGUAUUGUACCUUUGAUGAUUGUCAAGUGUCGAGUGAGUAGCAGGUAGUUGCCCUACCUGUGCCUUAGUUUUUAAAAAUAGAAGUAUAGUUACUUUCACUUGUUGGCAAAGUUGGUUCUUGAAAAUGGCAAAGUGAUCUGGUUCCUCGUGGGACUGUUAUAGUCAGGGAUAAUGCCAUCUAUCACUCAAGAAAAUCUGCAAGCAAGCAAAAAGGAGCUACUUCAAAAUGUGAAUAGAAUUGAUAUAAGCGCAAGUAAAAUGGCUUGUGGCAAGGAAUAAUUCCAUUUUUAAAAUGGGGGACAUUGAAACCCUCUUGCAAGAAGGCAUAGACAGUGGAUUGUGGAAAAUGGGAUAAUAGCUUUGAACAUGUGAUUGAAAUAGAAAAAAACAUUGCGGGAAGCUGAUAGCAUGCUAGAAAACACUGUGGAGCCAUUUAUGGUAUCUGUGGACUCGAACGACUAGAGUUAAUCUGGCUACUCGAAACAUGUUGACUAAAAUUUACAAGUGAAUUUGUAUUGUAAAUAGUAGAUUUUUUUAAUAAUUUUAUUACAAUUUAUUUAUUUUACUAUUUAUUUACUUAAUCUUAGAAUAAUUUAAUAUCUCAAUUCUCAAUCAUGUAUAAUUUUUAUAUUUCUUGUUCUACCUGGAGUAACACCCCGGUCACAUUACUUUUAUUCACCAAACUGGUCUUUUUAUUGUAUGCAGACUAGGAAUGAUUCAAGGUGUGUAAAUCUUAAAACACUGAAAUAGGAAAACUGUCAUUGUAAUUUUUUUAACUUUGCUAUAUAGCUUUAUAUUGUCCACCCUGUUUAAUGAUCCUUGGCAUUUACAUUUUAUUACUCUCUCGCAUUAAGAAACAAGCUAUAAUAAAGUUAAUGUUUUACCACUACAUCUCGGUAUUGAAUAAGAGACCAAUCUUCACCAAAAUUAUCAUUAAAAUGGAUAGCUGACUGCCCCUGAUUUUAUCCGAAUAUUCAAAAGUGGGUCACUGAUUGAUGUUUCAAAUCAGACUUGUAGAUGUUCUUAAAUGAUCUAAUAUUGUUGCCCAUAUUUACAUAGAACGGCGGGAGAUACUGAAAGGCGGUAUCACUUGAGAUAUUACAAAACGUGUAUGUGCGUUCACGACACGGAUUCACGAGGCUAUUGUGUAAAAAAUGGGCUCCAUUGUGCGUUUGCGCACGGGAGUCACGACCACAGACCUCCAGUUUAUGACAUUAAAGAAAUACAAGCCCUGGAAGCGGCCGAAAUAGACGGCUGUUGUUCCACCAACGGUCCUAAUGCCUUGGACAAAGAAAGAAAUCUGAUGAACGAGGAUCCAAAAUGGCAAGAUACAAAUUUCGUGUUAUCCAAUUACAAAACGGAACCUUGCAAAAGGCCGCCGAGACUUUGCAGGCAAGGCUACGCUUGCCCCCAAUAUCACAAUAGUAAAGAUAAACGACGAAGUCCAAGGAAAUUCAAAUAUAGAUCAACGCCCUGUCCAAAUGUUAAACACGGUGAAGAGUGGGGGGAGCCGGGCAACUGUGAUGCGGGCGAUCUAUGUUCCUAUUGUCAUACCAGGACUGAACAGCAAUUUCAUCCGGAAAUAUAUAAAAGUACUAAAUGCAAUGAUGUUCAACAAUCGGGUUACUGUCCCCGAGGGGUGUUUUGUGCUUUCGCACAUGUUGAACAAGAAUUAGGCGUUUCGAGAGAUACGGGCGAUGUUAGCGGUACAAAUUUAGCGGAAAUCCUAUCGAAUGCCCUUCCCCCUUCAUGUUCGGAUUUGAAAAUCAAAGAGAAAAGUAGUGAAAGUUCUAAUGGCAGCAGCGAAGUGAGCGAAUCAGCUUCGUCGACAUCAUCUAUAGGAUCAAAUAGUUGUAGUAGUAAUAAAGCUCCGGGAGCGCAACUGGCGCAUAAAUCGGUACCUUUCCAAAGACAUCCCAGCCUAGGACUAGAAUUAACUAAUAAAUUGUUAGCUACGGAAAAAGAUUCGACCUUAGAUCCGCUGGAACGGGAACAAAGGAAACAAGCGCUCUGCUUCACUUACAGUACUUUAGGCGGAUCGUUCUUUAGUACCGGCAACGAUACAGUGGAAAGUGUCGUCGGUAACGCCCUGGAUGAACUAAAUUUAGAAGACUUGAACAUUUCCGGAGCUUUGGAACGGGAACUCGAAUCCGAAUCGCCGACGGUAUCGAACUCGAUAUCCGUGGGGUUGGCCUCGUCCGCGGGCCUCUUGGGCAGCUCCGCCCCCGUGAACAUUCCCAGUUCCGCCAGGUCCGGGUUAAGCGGUUUUAGUCCCACCAACAAUAGUCCGCUUCAACCGUUCCUUUCCGCGACUAGGUUUUCCCAGUCGGACGCGAUCGAUUUCCUCAACCACGGACAAAUGCAACUGAGCAGCAGCACAUCGAAGCUAAGCGGCUACGCGAGCUUUUUCGAUUUCCCGCAGAGCAUAUCGCCAAAUUCUAGGAACCACCAUAACAGUUUUAGUAUGUCGCCCAGCGUUAACAAUAAUUUAGAAAUGGUUAGGUUACGCGAAGAAUUAAGUCAGGCUAGGUUACAAUUAACGAAUUGGGAAGAACGAUUGCAACAAGCAAGGACCGCUUGUGAGGCGUGGCAGAGGGAGACGGAGGAGGCGAACAGAAAAACCAAACAAGUAGAAAACAAAUUGCAAGAUACGGUCAAUCAAUAUAAUACUCUCAAGCAGGAAUUCGAAAAUCUGCAGGGCGGCCCGCACAUCCGUAGCAUAACCAAGGUGUCUGAGUUGACGAAGUUGCCCUUGGGGAUGUUAAAAAAUCUCCACGCACAAUUGAGGCAGGAUCUGGAGGAAAUCGAAAAGGUUCUGUAUAGGGAGACCGCUUCGAAAUGUAUGGUUUGCGAGGAGAGGAAUAGGACAGUUACGUUGAAUUGUAAUCAUUUCGUUUUGUGCGACACGUGCGCAAGUACGCAGAGCGAGUGCCCCUACUGUCAGACUCCAAAUAAUCUGGUUAAUAACAUAUGAGUAUAAGGAUUUUAGGCUUGCUCUCGAAUUUACCGCACCACAGGCCCCCCCACCGACGCCUGCGUGCGCUAGACCCGCGAGCAAUUUAACAAAUUUAGUUAUUAAAAAAUUUAUUCCUUUUUCCUUAGAAUUUAUUUAGGCGUUUUUUUAAAUUGUGUAUAGCAACAUCACAUCUCUUAUUACAGAUUAAUUAUUCUAUUCAGUGAUGUAAGGACAUGUACCUUUCCUUUUUUUUUGAAAAUAUUUGAAUGCUUUUUUUCUUGAUAUUAAAGAUGAUAAAUUGAAUAUUUUCUGAUUAUUUUUGGGAUAGUUUCACAUUCUUGCCGGUUGAAUCACUCGCGGUCCAUAAAAUGGGCGAGUUAUUAAAAAUGUAAUUUUUAAAAUUAUCCAACGCUAGCCAAGUAAUGGGGUAAAUGUAGAAUCUCAAAAAUAGUUUUAAUUCGUAUUGUUGAUAAACCUUUUCCCUAAGGGGUUCCGCGAAAAAAUAAGUUUUAAAGUUAUCCACAAGUGGCUGAUAUCCUUAAUUUUCUUUGUGCAAUAUAUAAGAUGUCGCCGGCGAAAUAUAAAUUUAAAGCUGAUUUUCUUUUUUUUAUGUACACCUGAGACGCAUCAGUUCAAUUAGAGGUAAGUCGUAUUGAGGCCACCUUUUUGAUAAAGUCACUUUCAAGUUUUUAACACAAAGGAAUUAACUUUAGCCUGGGUCUUUGAAUUGGUUUAUAAUUUUAUUAAUAAACUUGUUUUGAAAAAUAUAAAACAUCCAAUCCAAUAAAUAAAAGAGAGAAAAAAGUUUAUUGACAUGACAAAAGUUAUGAAAUAUAAAUUUUUUUAGUUUUAUAAUUAUGUACUGUAGAUAUUCCACUUUCAAAGUAGAAUUAUUAUUAAUUAUUCUAAAAAAAUAAUAUAAAUCAGCAGUGUGAAACAAUCCCAGUUUGGCAAUCAGGUGUUAAUUGUGAUGGCUGGAUAGAUAAAAGUCGGUUGUAGUAGUGCAGGAAAAAAACCAAUUGCUUUCACGAUCUUUGCAUUUACUUUGUGUGCCAAGUCUUUAAAGCCUCAAAAUUUGGCCAAGUGAAAGUUUAAGGAAUAGUUUAAAAAGGAUUUUGGAUUUUUUGCGUAUUUGCCUGGUACAAAUUUUUUAUCUCUACGAGAAUCGUUUUAUCUAUCCCUAGACACAAUGUCUCAAGUUCAAAUGUUUUCACGUCAUUUGCUUGAUAUUCGAUCGAUGUUAAAGAUGGCGAAUCUUUUUGUUAUCUAAAAGACUGCUUUGUGAUUUUGCAUUGAUAUAUAAUUGAUGAUAGAUAUUAAAGUGGAGGACAAAUUGGUACUGUGAAACAUUAAGUGUAAGGCUAAGUUUAUUCAACAUUGUUGCGAUUAUUGACUCUGACUAAAAACUUUAUAAAAAUACGUUAAAGAAGUCAAGUGUAGGGUUUGGGCAAACACCUAGAUCCCGUUACCAUCUAAGUCUAUAAGUGGUAUGUAUUAAGCAAAUGACUGAGUUUUUUAUUAGGUAAUUGACUUUGAUAAUUAGUUUCGAAUAAUUACUAUUGAUGCAACAACAUAGGAAUUUCUAGUUAUUCAACAAGUAGGAUUUAAUGGUUAAGUCAAAAAAACUGCACUUUAAAAAACGAAUGUCAAGUUAGUUUUAUAUACCAAGUGUAUUUUCGUACUUUGCCGAAAUAUUACCGUUCUAGUAUUUUGUAUUGAACAUAUUUUGGAUACAGAAUAGAAUAUUAUGCCGUAAGGAUAGUGGUGCAAUAAAGUUUUUUUGGCUUAUGACUUUACCAAAUUAGAUUUUUAACAAUCUAUUGUCUUUAAUAUAUUCGAUCGUCAUUGCAUUGAAAAUCAGUAAUACUUCUAAUACUUAUUGUUAUGGUGUACUAUUUCGGAGAACAAACAUGUUCGUUUUGCGUAUUUUUUUUGUAUAGUAUAGAGAUUUAUUAUUUUUUCUGUAGAGAAUAUCUAACAGUACAAAAUCAAACUUUUCAAAACCUUCUAUUCGUAGCAUUUUCUUAAAACAUAUACCUAUAUGAAUAUUUUAUUUAUAUAAGUACAAAUAAUAUUAUUGUUAUCAUCCUUAAAACACUUAGAGUAUUUUGGCAAUACAUGAGACAAUGGUUAAAAGCCAAAUAUUUUUAAAAUAUCUUGUAUUAUAAAAAGUGUCGAUUUGUUAGGGUAUUAAAAUUGUGUACCUUAUUGGCUUAUUUUAUUUUUAUUAUUUCACAAUAAAAUUUAAAACAUUGAAAUAAAUUGUUUUAAAUUUAA